AUGACAGUAGCCGCGCAUGGAUUUGCGCUAGUCACACCCGCAUCUCGUGGGAUAGGCUUCGCUUUUGCUCAGCAAUUACUAUCGCAAACCAACCUCCCUGUUGUGGCUACGGCACGGAAGAACUGCGACGAAGUCCGCGGCAAACUACUAUCUUGUCAAGGGGUACCUUCAGAUGCAGAAAAAAGACUGCACAUAUUGGAAGUUGAUGUCAGAGAUGAGUCCACAAUAUCAUCAAUGGCAGAUAAAAUUCGCCAAAAGCUACCAGAGACACCACUUCGCCUAGCUCUAACAAUACCCGGCAUUUUACAUGUCGAAAAAUCCCCAUCUCAAAUUGACGCUGCCAAUGCACUGGACAGUUUCAAAGUGAACGCCCUAGGCCCACUCCUUCUCAUGAAACAUCUCUCCCCAUUCCUCCCAAGCAAGUCCGCACCUGCAUUCCCAAUUUCAGAAGGGAAGCUCCAGCUGCCAUUCCACGCCAUCUAUGCCAUGAUGGCGGCACGCGUGGGGUCAAUAUCUGACAACGCGUCCGGAGGGUGGUACUCGUAUCGUGCGAGUAAAGCUUCCGUUUACCAGAUUGCGAAGACGUUUGAUUUGUAUUUGCGGGGUCGCUGUGCUGAGAGGGCUAUUGCGGUUGCGUUGCAUCCCGGGACUGUUAAGACGGAUUUUACAAAGGAGUUUUGGAAGGGGAGGGACUUGUUGGAGCCGUUGGAUGCGGCAGAUAGACUUUUGCGGGUUAUUACGGGCUUGCAGCCGCAUGUUGAUGGUGGGAGGGGGAGGUGUUGGGAUUGGAAGGGGAACGAAGUUAUUCCAUGA